AUGGACGCUUGGAUUCGGCUAGUGCGCUACCUGGCGAAGAAGAAGGUGCCUGGGUUUCUAGAGCAGGGGUACGGCACGUACUACAAUACAGAGGCUUUGGCUGCCAAAGCUGCUGCAGAGGCGAUACCCACGUUCAACAUGGUUGACGACGUCAUCCGCGCCGUCGCUGAGUACCUGGGGCGAUUAUCACCGUGGCAUCAACGGUUCAUGGAGCUGCAGGAGGUCUUUACGUCCACCAAUCUCGAGGUGCAAGGGAUCCACGAGGUGCGGUGGCUUUCAAGGGGUGCUGCAGUCGCCCACUUGGUCGAGGUCCUCCCUGCCAUCGUGGUGAUGCUGUCAGAGUGGAAGGACCAAACGAUUUACGAGCUCGUCACGUCCUACCGGUUUCAGUUCCUGCUACGGUUCCUCGCGGACGUUCUAGAGCUCCUCAACAUCCUCUCCAAGGUUUUCCAGCAGCGAGAGCUCGACUACCCCUUGGUGCAUACGCAGAUUGUGCGCACAACGUCUCUCUUGGAGAGUCGGUACAUCGACUGCGGAGACGACUUCGGCGGCGGCCCUAACGAGUGGCUUUAUCGCUUCAUUGAGAAGCAUGGGCCGAAGGGGACACCAAAGAUGGUGGUGGAAGGCGCGUCGUCGGAUGGGAGCCUCAACCGCUUCAAGGUCACCCUUCACGAGCGCAGAGUGGCGAACUAUCUUGGGCCAGGUCAUCACGACGCGUGUGUGGCGCUCUGCACCGACUUUGCCGAGGGCCUCGUCCAAGAGCUCCAGUCAAAGCUCGGCGACCUCGACUCUCUUUCCGGCGUGCGACUUUUCAUUCCUGACUUGUGGCAACCGAAUUGGGAGAGGAGCGCACGGCAGGCACAGUGCCUUGAAUGGCUGUUGUCGAUAGUCACUCUGUUCCGCGCCGACGACUCCGACGAGAUUCUGCCAGGCAUUGACAAGAAGCGUGACGUGAAGGAGCUGCGAACUCUGUUGCCGCACGCACUGCUGCCACUGGCCUGCUCUGCCGGCACCUGCGUGGCGAAGGUGGCGUCCCUAUCGCCCGCGAAGGUGUUGCCACUUGCCUACACUGCCACAGUCGUCCGCACCAACGGGGCUGACCAGCCGUUAAGACCGUUGGUGUGA